CAGGCCGUAAUUAAAAGCUCGAGAAAUCAAUUUAAUACUCACGAGACUCGAGACUCUAGAGUCUAGACUCGACAUUCGUAGCUCCACUUGUCAAACAUUUUGUAAGCCCCCGAAAAUGGUGACCGUCACUUUCUGCUGCUAUUUCUUUAGCCUCCGGGUUGGAUGUAUUUUGAGCGGGCUUUGGCUGAUCAUUUAUUACUCUGCUCUGGCUUUUGUUAUGUAUUCUGAAAUUAUUAAUCCCAGAUUCGAGAAGGGAAAAUACUGGGACACUUGGGGCGACGAUGUAAGCGAGGACUUGGAAGGUUACUGGGUGCUUGGAAUUGCUUAUCUUGUGAUGGAUUUUGUUUCUAUAUUUUUGAUCUUUGGGGGAAUUGUGAAAUCCAUCACUCUCUUGAGUAUGUUUUUGGUCCUGCAGAUAGUUCCUGUGUCGGUGAAAGUUUUCUUCAUGCUGUGGGCCGUUUUCACAGGCCUUGAACUUGAGUCUGUGAUUACUUAUCUGCUGCCACUGAUUUUUCUUCUUUACAUCGAUGUGGUGGCAUAUUCCUAUCUGCAAGCUGUGAGGUUUAAGAAGAAAAGGAUCUUUGCAUCUGCUAUUUCCAUUGAGUAUUAAUUUAACAGCGGACAAGAAAGAUAAGAACGGUUGACUUUCCAGCAGAGAGACAUGUCAAGAAAUGAAAACAAAAAUGAUUUAUCAUAAUGGGAGUUGGGGCCGAAGAAGCUGGAUCCGAUUCAGAAUUGGGACCGAGAAUGUCAGGGGCAUUGGGAGUUGGUUGGGGGUUUGGGGCCUCUGCUCCCAGCGGUGUUGCCUAAACGGGCGAUAACGGCCAAGACGAAGAUGGGACAGGAAUCAAGAGAACGGCCACGACCGAAAAGAUAUCGGGAUCGGUCUCGAUCUCGGUCUCGGUCUUGGUCUCGGAACGCUGCGUCUGGAUGUCAACUCUUCAUAUAAAAAUUAACGAAAUAUAAAUUAAAAAGUAUGCCCUACCUCUCCACCACAGGGCGAUGAAAUAAAAACCAGAAAUAUUCUUUCCUGUA